UUUGUCCGUCCAUGGUCCGGUUAUUUGAAAAUUGGAACGUUUGAUCUUUCGCGACGCGGAAUAACGAUAAAGUGAUUAAAUAUAGUAUAAAAGGUGUUAAGACUUAUUUCAAGAUUUGAAUAAUACAAAAAAAGAUUUCUUAGUCUUGUUUUGUGUACAAAAUUAUUUAUUAUAGUUAAAUAUUAAACUAUUUAAUCAUUUGCUGUCAAUUUUGGAGGGAGAUCGAACAACUAAAAAUUUGUAUAAUUUUUGACGAACCUAGAUUCGGCGAAGCCUAGGCGAAGGUGCGACGUGCAGGCGGCAUGCGGAGCGCGCGGUAGCGGCAGCAUGGCCGCGCCGCUGUUUCUGGCGGCGCUCGCGCUCACUGCGACGCCGGCGCUAUCGCAAGCUAUCCAAGAUAGUCGUUGCUAUUUGAUGAACGGUGGAGCAGUCGAAAGCUUCUUCAUAAGCGAGGAUACACCCGUCGGCAGCAUUAUAGGUACACUAAGUGUAAAUGGAGAUCCGAACGAUCUAAACGGUGACAUCUCGCUGCGCAUACAAGAGAAGAACCCGCCUAUAGCUCUGGCACCCGGCACCAAAAAUCUUACGCUACUUCGGGUCUUGGACCGCGAGGAGCGGCUCGGGCCGUCCAGCGUCUACGUCAACGUGCGCUGCGAUAGACGACACACGGCAGAUCCGAGUUUCGUGAUCCCGGUGUCGGUGCGCGUGUGGGACGUGAACGACAACGCGCCGGCGUGGCGCGGCGCGCCGUUCCGCGCGCGCGUGUCGGAGCUGGCGGCCGUGGGCGCGCGCGUGCUGGCCGCGCCCGCCGCCGACCCCGACCAGCCCGGCCCGCACGCCUCCGUGCGCUACUCCGUGCUGCCCGGCCCGGCCAGCGAGUACGUCGGGUUCCUCAGCGAGCUGGACAGCACGAUAGUGGUGAAGCGGCCGCUGGACUACGAGACGCUGCGCAACUUCACGGUGCGCCUCCGCGCGCAGGACGGCGGCUCCCCCCCGCGCCACAACGACACCACGCUCAGCGUCGAGCUGCUCGACGCCGACGACCACAACCCCAAGUUCGGCGCCGAGCACUACGUGGCCGCCGUGCCGCGCCACGCGCAGGAGGGUACGAUACUAGAGACGUCCCCCGGGCCGAUAUCGGCCGCGGACCAGGACACCGGCAUCAACGCGCCCGUCUACUACAGCGUCAGCGGGGAGGGCGCCGACCUGGUCACGCUGGACCGCGACAGCGGAGCGCUGGCCGCCACCGCCGCCCUGUUGCGGACCACCACCCCCGUCACCGUCGUCAUCAAGGCGACGCAGGUGGACAACCCGGACCGGUACGCGCUGGCCACGGUGUCGCUGCGGCCCGAGGCGGCGGGCGGCGCGGGCGCGGGGCGCGCGGGGGGCGUGCGCUUCUCGCGCCGCGCCUUCAGCGUCAGCGUGCCCGAGGACGCGCCGCCCGGCACCGUGCUCGCCGCGCUGUCCACGCGCGCCGUCCCCCUGCAGUUCUACGUGUCCGAGCGCAGCUUCCUGGAGAAGUUCGCGAUCAACGGCGCCGGGGAGGUGCUCCUGCGGAAGCCGCUCGACUACGAGGUCGAGGACUCGUACCGCUACCAGGUCAUGGUCACGGACGGCGAGACGAACGACACGGCGUCCGUGGAGAUCAGCGUGCAGAACGUGAACGAGUGGGAGCCGCGCUUCCGGCACGCGCAGUACGAGUUCGAGGCGCGCGGCGCGGGCGCGGGGCGCGCGCUGGGCCGCCUGCUCGUGCACGACGGCGACCGCGGCGACGCCGUGCGCCUCACGCUGGCCGGGCCCGGCGCCGAGGCCCUGGAGGUGAGUCCGUCGGGCGACCUGUACCUGCGCGAGGGUGCGCUGGCGACGCUCAACUCCACGACGCUGCACGUCGUCGCCACGGCGCAGGACUCGGGCUCGCCGCCGCGACAGACGUCGGUGCCGGUGGUGGUGCGCGUGCCGGAGUCGCUGCUGGGCGCGCACGUGUGGCGCGCGCACGCGUCCCCGCUGUUCGCCGCCUUCGCGUGCGCGCUGGCGCUGCUGGCGCUGCUGCUGCUGGCGCUGCUGGCGUACCUCUGCCGGCUCAAGCGCAGAAGACAGGUUAAGGAUACGAGUACGGUGAAAUCGUCGACGCCGGAGAAGCCCGCCGCGCUCAGCGUGGCCAGCGGCGGAUCCCUGCAGAGCGUGUCGGCCGGCGCCAGCAGCAUCCUGGCCGCCUCCAGCACCAGCCUGGAGCUGCCCGCCGUGCGGCGGGCCCGGAGCCUACCGUGGCGCACGGGCUCCACACAGGUUACGGUCGUUGCAGAGGGCUCGCUGCGGGCGCGCGGGGCGGCGGGCGGGGCGGCGGGCGGGGCGGGCGCCGGCGCGCUCAGCGACCACCUGCAGGGCGGCGCGGGGCGCUCGGGCGUGGCGUGGCCGAGCGCCACCAUCCCCGCGCGCGUCAAGCACCUCAGCUGGGACGACGGCGCGCAGGCGGCCGAGAACCGUCGCGAGGUGACGGAGACGACGAACUCCGCGAUGGCCGAACACAUGAAUCUCACCGUUUACUUCUGAUCGAUCUGAUCUGAUCCGCGAACCUGCAUCGCCGUCCUCGUUAUUGAACCUUUGACUGCUCUCAUAUUUGAUGUGAGAGAUGAAUGUAUGUACAUCAAAAGAUGUGUUUAAGUAUUAAAAGUGAGUAUUAUAUGAUUUCCGAGCGAGCUCUUUCUUAUCAUAGUACUUUCGUUUCAAUGUACAUAAGAUGUAAAGAUUUAGUUUGUAUAUAGUCAUUAAUGUUCAAAUUGGUUCCUUUGCGUUCUGCUUAAAGGUAUUUUUGUACAAUAUUAAGAAUAAAGUGAUCUAUUUGAGAGCCUUGUGGAACACCGGCAACGAAUUCAGAAUUUAACAAUAACUAAAAUAAGUAAAAUCAAUCUCACUAUAACUAUACUUGCCAAUAUCAGAAUAAUAAUAUGGAUAUCAGAUAGAGAAUUACUAAAUUUGAUAGAAUAUGAUAGCUUAUCAUAAUAUGACUUGUUAGCCAGAGUCAAAUGCCUUCAAAUAAUCUCUGACAUCAAUCUUAAUCUUAAAUUUUAUAAUUUGUCAGAUUUUGUUUUCCUCUAUUCGUUAGAGACGGAUGAUAUAUUGAGCUUUGUAUUAUUUUAAUAUUCUUUAGACAAAUCCUGAAUUUGCUAACCUUAUCUAGAUUCAUAAAUGACGCAGCAAUAAUAGUAAUACAUGUACAUAUAGGUAGACAAAUAAUACAAAAUGUCUUUUAUAAUAUCUUAGGUAAGUUUUAUACCAGCCUAGAGUGAUAAAUAGCUGUAAAAUAAACGAAAAGAUAAUUACUGGACCAAGAGUAUUAUAACUGUCACAAUAAUAUUGUAACGGACAGAUACUGUUUACAUUAAAUAUGUGCUUUAUUUAUUUAUUAAAAAUAAAGUUUUAGAGUUAAAAUAAUGAUGCCGAUAGUGUUGUACGCUUUUUUUAAUAUGCGUGGAUUGGUAAUGUGUGAUAUCAAGCCCAUAAAGGGUCAACACAAAAAGUGACCAUAUAUCUCCAUAUAUUACUCAUAUUUAUUAAUUAUUCAUAGUUCAAUAAACAGGAAUCCGAUUGCAUAGAAUAAUAUAGUGAAGUAUCAAAAGCUAUGCAAAGUAUUAUCGUUAUCACGUCAAAAGCACUUGCAGCUUAAUUUUUUUUGUGUGUACUAUUUGUGUUAAGCGGGCACAGAUUAUUUCGCCAAUGUCAUGUGCGACGUAACGAUUUUAACAAAUUAUUAAUUAACACACCACCGAGAAUUUUCAUUCGCUUCUGAUAUUGUAUUCGCUUUUAUUGCUUGAUGUCAUCGCAUUCCAUUCGACUUUUGUGUUAUGAUGACCCGUUUACAUUUUUGUACUAGCCGCCUACAUUUUUUGAUGUGAUAUAUCCUACCCAAAGAUUGUCUUUAAUUGCUGUUCUGGCAAAAAUAUAUAUUUUCAGGAUUAUGAAAAAACCUUAAAAACAUCGUACAGCAAAAUCAGCACCAUUGUAAAUAAAUUUAUAUCAAGUAUUUUAAGUUUGAACGUUUGUCAUCAGUACCUCUAUUGAAUCUUUA